GCCUAAGUUCAAAAUAGUUUUUUUGGCCAAACAGAGCAAAGAAUGGCGACGGAGAACACCGCAACAAUAAACCCUACCCACCCAAAACAACCAAAAGUGGUGGUCAUAACCGGCCCCACUGGCUCCGGCAAAUCAAAACUCGCCGUCGAUUUAGCCUCACACUUCCCCAUCGAAGUAAUCAAUGCUGAUUCCAUGCAAGUCUACCGUGGCCUCGAUAUUCUCACCAACAAACUCCCCUUCUCUGAACAAAACGGUGUGGUGCAUCAUCUAUUGGGUUGUGUAAAUCCGAAUUUGGAGUUCACUGCUAAAACUUUUCGUGAUUCUGCUAUUCCCAUUAUUGAUGAAAUAUUGUCUCGUAAUCACUUACCUGUUAUUGUUGGUGGUACUAAUUACUACAUUCAGGCUCUUGUGAGUCAGUUUCUGCUAGAUGACUCGACGGAUGAUUUGAGUGAAAGCUAUUUGGGUGACUCACCUGGUAUUACAGGAUUUGAUACUAAUUUUGUUGCUGAAAAUGAUAGUUCAAGCAACAGUUAUGAUUUGCUUAAAGAUAUUGAUCCAGUUGCAGCAAAUAGAAUCCAUCCAAAUAACCAUAGGAAGAUAAAUCAAUACAUUAGUUUGUACUCUCGAACUGGUGUUCUUCCCAGCAAAGUUUUUCAAGGACAGGCUGCAGAGAAGUGGGGUCAAGCUGAUAACUUAAGAUAUGCUUGUUGUUUUAUAAGUGUGGAUGCAUCUCUCCCAAUACUGGACAGAUAUGUAGAGCAGAGGGUAGAUGACAUGAUGGAUGCAGGUUUACUCAAUGAAGUCUAUGAUAUUUAUACUAUGAAUGCAGAUUACACCAGAGGUUUGCGACAGGCCAUUGGUGUCCGCGAAUUUGAGGAUCUUCUAAGAACUAGUGUUUUCAAAAACAUAAAUCAAAGAGAGGGGGAAUUAAUUGAUGGAUCAAGCUUAGAAAAUAGUGAGCCAUUGUUUGAUGGCAAUUUGAUGGCAUGGUUGAGAUCUUUCUCUGAUACUAAGUCCACAACUCUUUUGGAAGAUGCAAUUGAGAAAGUAAAGGUUAAUACCAGGAGACUUGUCCGCCGUCAGAAGAGGAUGCUCAGUCGACUGGAAACAUUGUUUGGUUGGGACAUACACUACGUUGAUUCUACAGAAUCAAUAUUAAGCAAAUCAAAUGAUAUAUGGAAUAGACAAGUGGUUGAAUCAGCUACAAAGAUAGUAACAACAUUCGUGAGUGAGAAUGGAAGCUUGUUGUCAACCUUUGGGAUGUCAAAUGGCACUGGGACAAAAAUAAUCCAAAGGGACCUCUGGACUCAAUACACAUGCAAGGCCUGCAAUGAUCGGGUUCUUAGAGGAUUACAUGAAUGGGAACAACAUAUACGUGGCCGUGGGCAUCGUAAACGCAUUUCUAGUCUCAAGAGCAAGGCAAAAGGUCUUAGUUUUGUGGAAAAGAAGUGCGAGCCAUCUGAGCACGAAUGCUCAGAUAUAUUGUAGUUUGAAAUACACUCCAGAUAUGAAAGAUAUGGAUCACUUGUCAUGGAAAGAAUUGAGAAUGGAUGUAUUCACACCUUUUUAUCUAGCAUAGUUUUUCCGCUGGAUAUUUUUGGGCACGUGCAAUCCUUUUUGUAACUUUUGAUGAUAUAGAAACAUAUGUAAAAUAGAAUUAGAUCGCAGGGAAUUAGAAGUAUUAGAAAUAUUUGUUUUCUGAAUGUUAUUUAUGGACAAAAAGUCUAAUUUGAUAAUUAAAUUAAGACUUAAGUAUACUUUUGAUCCUCUAA